ACCUUCAUGUUUCAAUUUUUGUAACUUUCUUAAAAUACGUAAUAUCAAGUGAGUUUCAUAUUUUUAAAAUUUCUUAUACGAAAUGAAAAAAUAAUUUUACUUAAGUUUAGAAUGAAAAGAUUUAUUUUGAAACACUAUGUAUUGUAUAUUUUUAUAAUUAUUCAAGUGGAUUAGAUGAAAUUCGGGUUGAGUCGGUCGGGUUACGGGUUAGUCGGAUUCGGGUCAAUCGGGUUCGGGUUAAUCGGGUUGCGGGUUAGUCGGGUUGCGGGUUAGUUGGGUUGCGGGUCAAUCGGGUUGCGGGUCGGGCGGGCUACGGGUUGUUGACUUUUGAUCAAUUCGGGUUGCGGUCGGGUUGCGGGUCAGGUUGAUUGGGCAGGUUAAUCGGGUCGGGCUAUGUUUUGACACCUAUACAUUAAAACUUAAUGAAAAGUUACUAUACACAAGGUUAUGGAGAUAAAUGAUCCAUUAACAUAUUAAAAUUGUUUUGUCCUUUGACUUUUUUUUAUUACACUGAACCUAUUAAAGCUGAAAAUAGCAUUAAAAAACGAAAUGCAGGAAGAACAUAAUUUGCUUUAAGGGUAUAUACUGGGCACCGGUAGAUCAUGAUGUAUUUGAUUGAUGAACAUAUUAAUUUUUACUUAGGCCAGUACAAGUUGCAAAUGACAUAUAAGUAUAAGAUAUACUGUGGAUGGUGUCAUGGUGACAAUGUUGUGGUAAAAUACCUUUUCUUUUAAAAUAUCCAGUACAAAACGUUAAAAUCUGUCCACGUUAAAAUCCUAAUCCUAACGCUAAAUUACUAAACUCUAAAACCUUCAAAUCAAAAUAAUUCUUGAACUAUAUUUGUGCAAUUUCAUGUGUUUUUUUUUCUUCAUCAUAUUACAAGUGAUUAUUGACGUUGUUUUAAAAUGAGUCGUUUGUUUUGAAAUGAUAAUUAUGAGAUGAAUGCAUUGAUAACACAACUCAAGUGGUUUUGGUCCAAAACUGCGCCCCUACCUAGUAGUUUUUGAGAAAUUAUGCUAUUUUUCAAAAAAAUUGAAAUUGAGUGCUAUUUUUGUAUUUUUUGUUUUUAAUAGUGUUAUAUCGGCCCAACAAAAACCUUGAGCCCAAAACAGUCGAAUGAAACACCUAUACCUGGUUGAAGGCCCAAGGAGUAUUGGCAAACAGAGGUCGCAGGCGAGGCGAGUUUCCUUUUCCACGGUCUUCCUUUUUGGUGUGAGAACCAGCCAAUAGAUAUUUCAUAUUUCAAAUCAACCGCCAGCCUCCAGUUUUAGCAAAUCAAUUUCCCGCUUAUUUAGCAAGUACCAACGGGAAGACGAGAGCCGUCGCGGGGAAGGAAUCGGGUGGAUGAGGGCGAAGAAGAAGAGCACAGCAAGGAGAAGCAGCCACGAGAUUGAGCUCGGGAAAAAGUGUGGAGAAGAAGAUGCCGCAGGACGCCAUGGAUGACGUCGAUCGUCUGUUCCAGUGCUUCAAGUGCGGAGUUUCUCCUCCUCAAUCGGCUGUAAGAGAGAGGAAAAGAAGCAAGAGCAAAUCGAAGCAAGGGAGUGGGAUCCAUGCAAUUAGUGGCACUCCGUCUCCAAGCUCAGCUGAGCCGCGGAAGAAGACUGCUACUGAUGCACUAGUCCUCAAAGAGAAUGUUGCUUCAACAUCUAAAUCAAAGGGCUUAAGGUGCGGCAAGCAGAUUUCUCCUGUUGUAUUCUAUGGUUCCCCUAAUGGAGUGCCUCCCAAGAGACCAAUCAGUUUGCUACGAUUGUUGCGCGAGAUACGUGUUGAUCUUUCGGAACAAGGAAAAGAGGACUUGAGGAAGGAGGUGUGGGCUACAUUUCCUAGACAGAAUGAAGCUAUGAACUUUGCAAAAGAGCAUCAUAAUGUCCGUAUUUUCAGUUAUCAAGAUCAUAUUCACGGGCAAAGAAGGUUCCUCGUUUCGACAUACCAUGAGUUUUGGAAAAGGUACAAAAACAUGGAAUCCAAAUUUCGACACCAUUAUGAAGUGAUUCAGGAGGGAUUACCAUGUCACCUAUACUUUGAUUUGGAAUUCAAUAAGAAAGACAACGUAGAGAAAAAUGUGGAUGAAAUGGUCGAUCUCUUGAUAUCAGUCGUUCUUGAGCUCUUGAAUGAAAAGUAUUCAAUUGAAGGAAGUGGAGAUUGGAUAGUAGAGCUUGAUUCUUCCACUGCAGAGAAGUUCUCACGCCAUCUAGUUAUCCGCAUACCAAAGGCUGCUUUUAAGGACAAUUCCCACGUUGGCGCAGUUGUGUCAGAGGUAUGUUCCCGGAUUUCAAGUUUAAAGGAGAAGGAUGAGAGAUACAACAACUUAUUUAUAAGAAAAGAGUCGAAAUCUGCUGGACCUCCAAAUCAGCUAUUUAUAGAUAGUGGUGUUUAUACCAGAAAUCGUUGCUUUCGCUUGGCUCUCUCAUCAAAGGCCGGGAAAACUUCUUUACUUCUACCAACAGGGCGCUUCAAAUGUAAAAGCAUGUGUGAAGAAGACAUGUUCAUGGCUUCCUUGAUCUGCAAUAUAGAUAGUGACUGUGACAGGCUGCUGGUCUGCAAAAUGGAUUUGGAUUGUGUCAAAAAGCUGCAUUUUGAUACAGAGGUAAAUUACAGUGCAACAAGAUUCAGCUCUCGUCGAGAACUGUCAACAAAUGGAAGUACUGGAGGCGCUCCAGUGACAUCCAUGGACGGGAACUCGCCAUUCCCUGCUUUGGACAAAUUUGUGGAAUCCAUUGCCUCUACGGGAAGUACAUCAGGCAAAAUCCGAAGCUGGUACUGGUUCUCCGAGUAUGGACUGAUGGUCUACAGCAUGGCAAGAAAUAGAUAUUGUGAACGAAUUGGCAGGGAGCAUAAAAGCAAUCAUGUUAUAUAUGUCAUUGACUUAAGAUGGGGAGUCUAUUACCAAAAAUGCCACGAUCCAGAUUGUCAAGGUUACAAAUCUCCCUUCCGUCCAGUACCAAUCGACAUGAUUCCAAACCGGUCAUUUCCCCGCGACUCUGGACAGACAUUGAGUCAGGCAGCGUUAACAAACGACUGUCUCGAGUACCAGUUGGUUAACAGUAAUUACAAUGGAGCCGUGCCUUGGAAUGGAAGCAAUUCAGCCACAGGCAGCUCUGGUAAAGACUCUUGGUGGCUUGAAGCCAUGAAAGUUGCAGAAGAUAUAGAGACAAAGAGGAAUCCCAUGGAGCCUAGUCAGAUGGUUAAUCUGGAGGAGAACAUUAGUGACGAUGAUGAGACAUGGUGGAUGGCUGUUGAAAGAACUGCAACUCAGGCCGAAUUAAUGCACUUGAAAUCAAUCGACCAUGGGAUGCCAGUAGUAGAACCCUGAGCAUGAAGAGAUGUCACAUGUCAGGUAUGGCUUCUUCCUUGGCUUGGAUAUUCAAGUUGGGUAUGAUGGCAGAAUUCCGCUAGGGAAACCGUCUGAACAAUGUACUUAGGGCGACUUGAUUGUCUCCGUUGUUCGGAUUUAGGUUCUUGUACAAAUAAGCAACACGCAGGAGGCAAGACUAAGGCGCCAAGUAAGCCUCCAUGUACAUAGCUAAGCGCCAUGGUUGGGUCACCUAGUUAUAAGUGGGGGUUAAUCUUUGUGUUGCGAACUUACAAGUACAACCAAAUGUCGUAUUGGUUCAUUUUUAUCUCAAAUGAAUUUAACCGAUAUUAGUGCACUCAAUAUUUAGUAGUCAUGAAACUUAUUUUCAGAAUCUAAAGUCUAACUAAUAACAAAUAAGCAAUGAAUAAGCCAAUCUACUACCCCAGUUUGCACGGUAAUGCUUGUGCUUGUUUGUUCUAGUUUGUGUUAAAUCAUCUAACAUUUCUACGUUUCGGCAUUUCCUUUUGGUGAUCGUUUUAUGGGUAUGUUCUAGACUUCUAGGAAUCUGAUAUUGCCAAAAUUUUGAAAGAUACCGAGCUUCGUAGAGUUCCUCCACUUCAGUGCAAAUUACCACUCUGAAAAAUACGGAUCUCGCAGCAAGCUAGUGCCAACUACGUUCCAAUCGUAUUGCACGAGGCAGGAGCAACAGAAGAUUCAACCACGUUGAAAUCUUCGGUUUUAGAGGGUGAAGAAAAGUUGGGAAUUGGGCUUCAGGUCUGCCGGGUCGAGGCCCAAUUAGAUCAUCUCGAGUUAAUUUUACAGGCCCAACUUGCAGGCGAGUCAAACAUAAAGUUCAAUUUAUGUUUAAACUUUAAGUCGAAUAAUGCAUUAGAUUAGGA